AGUUGUGCAAUACGUCUGACACGCACGUGAAAUCAUGAAAGCUAUCAUCGUUGGAACAUUUUAAUAUCACUAUAAUUCAAAAGUGUUUAACAUAAAAAUUUUCAUCAAUGAAUCUAUAACAUUGUGAAAUUAAAAAUUUAUUUUAAACAAAGUUUCAACAUGUUUUCUUUGCGACAAGCAUUUCGUUGUGGCACACGGUUGAUUCUGACGAAAAAACCUAUAAAUUUGCAUCGGCUUCCAUGGACUACUAAUGAAAAUCUCGAAGUCAAUUUUUGCGAACGAAUGUGUAUUCAUUCGAAGACGAAUCUCUGCGAAUCAUCACAAGAGAAUAACGAAGAAACCAGUAAGAAACAGGUGCUUGGAAAGCUCGAAGGAAAACUGAAGCUGAUGUUUACAUGUAAAGUAUGCCAGUAUAGAAGUAGCAAAAUUAUAUCGAAAGUGGCAUACGAAAAGGGAGUAAUUAUAAUUCGUUGCGAUGGUUGCAAAAAUAAUCACUUGAUUGCUGAUAAUCUGGGAUGGUUCGAAGACUUAAAACGUAGAAACAACAUUGAAAAAUUAAUGGCAGCAAAGGGAGAGACUGUUCAGAGGAUAAGAAAUAGCGAUGGAUUCAUUGAAGUUAUUGAGAAAGCAGAAUAUGAUUUGUUACAACAUAAUAUGAAAUGGGAACAGGAUUUAAUUGAAAAGCAAAAACAGACAGAUAGUCAAAUAAAGAAAAGUGGAAAUUCAGAGGACACAUAACUAUUAUCUAAGGAAAAGACUUUAUUUUAAAAAUAUAGUGGUGAAAAAAUAUUUAGGCAAAUGUA